AUGAGCGGCUCGAAGCCCAGGGUGGCCGCGGCCGGGCCCGGCGGGGCGCUGAGUCGCCUGCGCGGGCAAAGGAGCUCCGGGGCUGCCAAUGCCGCCGCACCUCCGCGGGCCGCCCUGCCGCCUCCAAGGACAGAGGCGGAGCUGCUGGCGCUGGAGGCGGUCCGGCCCGAGCACGUCCUGGGACUCGGCCGCGUCACGGAGCAUUACCUUUGCCGACCCGAAGACAACAUCUACAAUAUUGACUUCACCAAGUUUAAAAUCCGGGACCUGGAGACUGGGACGGUGCUCUUUGAAAUUGCCAAACCUUCAAUUUUAGAGCAAGAGGACUACGAGUGUGACCUUGGGGAGGUGGACAGCAGCGCCGGACGCUUUGUUCGCUAUCAGUUCACUCCGGCCUUCCUGCGCCUACGGACCGUUGGGGCCACGGUGGAGUUCACUGUGGGAGACAAGCCUGUAUCCAACUUCCGUAUGAUCGAGAGGCAUUACUUCAGAGACCGACUUCUGAAGAACUUUGACUUUGAUUUUGGCUUCUGCAUCCCCUGCAGCAGGAACACCUGUGAGCACAUCUACGAGUUUCCUCAGCUUUCAGAGGACCUCAUACGCUUGAUGGUCGAGAACCCCUACGAGACUCGCUCAGACAGCUUCUACUUUGUGGACAACAAGCUGAUCAUGCACAACAAGGCCGAUUACGCCUACAAUGGCGGGCAGUAGCCAUUCCAGCCUCGCCUACGGACAUUGCGUGGGUCAGAGGCAGCCUGGUCCUGCCCCUCCUUCCUGCAAGGCUCAAGAAGCAGCAUGACAAGUGGGAAGGGUCUCUUCUGGGAUAGUAAAGGAAUUCUCUGGGCUGCUGAUUCCUUGCUGCAUCAUGGCUUCUGUUGGCAUCCUGGUCUGGUGAUAACCCCAGCGACGGCCCCUCCAAUGGACCAAGCUUGGCUAGAAUCCCCUUCCUAACGCAUCCCACAGCCCAGAGAACUGGGCAGGUGCCCGUUGCUCCUGUUGCCUCCAGGCCUGCUUUGCACCUGAGCUGACGUUCCUGUUUGUCAGGGCUGUUUCUCUGUCUUGGGGUUGGAGGGGCUCCUGGAGGAGGGCAGAACUUUGCAAUGCUUUAUUCUGGGCCUAUCCGAGCAACAGCAACCCCCAAACGUCUGGCCUGAAUAAUGGGGGUGUGUGUGUGUGUGUGUGCCCUGCAGCCAGAGGAGCAGAAGGUGACUCCCUGGCUUCACCUACCUAACAGCUCUCACCGGGGAGAUGGGGGCCGUCCUAAUCAUUCUCCCCUCCCCACUUCUCAAUAUUGGCUUGCUUCUGGCUGAAAAAAGGCAAAGGCUGCAGGUGAGAAUUGACUCCACCCUCUGGCUGGCCUCUCUGGCAAGCCGCUAUAGAUGCUGCUUUGGCAGAAGGGCUGGAGCCUCUCUGGAGGGAUGUGGAGCACCCUAUUGCACUCAGUCUCCAGAGUGGGGGAGCCUCCAGGAGGCAAAGGAAUAGUCCAAAAAGAGCCAACAUUUAAAUCUCUUAGUUUGGUGGGGGGAGGUUUAACCCUAACAAAAGAGUUUCAGGUGCAGGACUCAGUUCCGUUCUUUUGGAAGGGGGAGGUUCUCGUGGUCGUCGUGGGAAGGGCUGGUGGUGAGAAUGGUGGGUUGACGCUUCCCCAGGCCUCUCUGGCAAAGUGCCUUUCUCUAAGGGCUUUCUUUUCCCCAUCCCUCAUGGUUAAAUCCAGGUGCCUUUGGAACUGCCCUCUGCUGCACGGUCCCCAGGCAGCUCCUCUGGCCUGGAAGCCUCGGAAGGGCUGACACCCCCCCCCCCCUAAGCAGGGGCUGCUCGCAAUAAACCCCCCCCCCUGCAACUUUUCCUUUGUGCCUUCCUUGCCACUGACUUCCCAGCAAUAGGAGGGAAACAGGGUAUAUGGGUGAAAAAAAUGGGGUGCUUCCUUGGGCAACAGGGAAUUGCCAGAUGCCCCCCUGUGUGCCCUCUGGGGCCCUGGACCCCUAGGAGAGCUGCCUUUGUGCCCCCCUCUGCUUCUCCUGGAGUCAUUCCGUUCUGCUCUGCAGGGCCCACGACGUUUCUGCCACUCCCGUUGGGCAUGCAGGGGUCAGUUUGUGGGAUGGGAAGAUUGUUUCUGCCAUGUUGACCAAGGGGGCUUGCGGGGAGGGACUGGGGCUGCCCUUCCAAAGCAGGAUGUGAUUAGAAAUCAGGCCUCCCUUGUGGACUGGGUACCUGGGCAAGCGGGUGGCUUCUGAACUGCCUAGUGGCUGGAAAAGGCAUGAAAUUAAAAUGCUGCCGUUUCCUCCUUUUUGGAAAAGCAAAAUGGGGGCUCCCCUUUUGACUCCCCCCUUGAAAGUGAAAACUGGCUCUGGGGAACCCUGCUCUCAGCAAUUGGCAGGGGCCUCGGCCACUUUUGGGUCCACGGAUAGUCAUCCUGCCUGGAGCAUGCCCCACCUGAGUACUGCAGCAGCUUGGCCAUGAUGGCUGUGUGGGGGUCAAGCACACACAAACACACACACACACAAAAGCAUGCCUCACAGUUUCCCACAUUUCCCACACUACAGAUAUUCUGGAAUCUUGAAUGAUCUUAUGAGUGUUUAGAGCUACAGUGCAAUGAAUUUUCCAAGGGCGGGAAAAGAUUGAGCACUGGGGCCAACCUCCACACACACACACACACACACACACACAGACAUCCCACCCCAAUCUUGUGGCUUUGAAUCGGCCAUUGGCACAACAUGAGAGUUUGUCCAUAAAGGGGACUCUCCUUCCCCACAGAAUCUUGGUGUGGCAAGUAUGAAAUGCACAGGAGACGGUUCCUAGUUGUUCUAAUUUUCUUGUCAGGUAUUUUUCCAUAGAGAAUAGCAGAAGUUCCAAAAGUCCCCCCCUUCCCCGCCCAAGUGAUUUCCUUAAUAGUAUGGAUCUCUAUCAUGCUAUCGUUUUUAUAUCUCCUUGAUCUGCAGUAAUCUAGCCGACUUGUUUGUAUAAAGUGUUAUUUUGUCUCAAGCAAUAGUAAUUAAAAAAAAACCUACAUUCCA